GAUGGCAAAGAGCGCAGAGCAGGGCACUGCUGCUGUUAACCCAGGAAACGGGGCCCCUCCACCCAUCCUGCUCCCAGUGCCAUACAAUUCAAACUAUCAAAAUGAUAAUGAAGUUCAUCUGGAAGAACAAAAAGUCAAGAUUAUCAAAGGAAUCAGUGUUAUCCACCUCCAGAGAGAAAACUGACAAACAGAAUAAUGAUUGAAAUCACUCUUGUAGCCUCCUUCAGACCCCCAAGGACAAAUCUGCUAAGCUGCCAGUCUCCUCUGAGUGCAUGGUGAGCACUUUCCCAGCCCAUUAGGAGCCUUUGGGACCAUGGUUGGUCUAAAGCCCACAGAUACACCUCCCACCACUGCAGUCAAAGUCCUGGGGGCCGGCACUGCUGCCUGCUUUGCUGACCUCCUCACCUUCCCAUUGGACACAGCCAAAGUUCGCCUCCAGAUCCAAGGAGAAUCCCAGGCCGAGCAGGCGAUUCAGAAUGUGCGCUACCGGGGAGUGCUGGGCACCCUCUUGACCAUGGCAAAAACCGAGGGCCCCGCCAGCCUCUACAACGGCCUGGUGGCCGGACUGCAGCGCCAAAUGAGCUUUGCCUCCAUCCGAAUCGGUCUCUAUGACUCUGUCAAGCAGUUCUACACCCCCAAGGGAGCAGAAAAUUCCAGCAUCAUGAUCCGGAUCCUGGCAGGAUGCACAACGGGGGCCAUGGCCGUGUCCUGUGCCCAACCCACAGAUGUGGUAAAGGUGCGUUUCCAAGCCAGUGUCCGAAUGGGACCAGGAACCAGCAGAAAAUACAAUGGGACGAUGGAUGCCUACAGGACAAUUGCCAGGGAGGAAGGAAUCAGGGGCCUGUGGAAAGGAACUUUGCCCAAUAUCACCAGAAAUGCCAUUGUCAACUGUGCGGAGAUGGUGACCUAUGACAUGAUAAAGGAGGCACUGAUAGACCACCACCUGAUGACUGACAACUUUCCCUGCCAUUUUGUCUCGGCCUUUGCAGCCGGCUUCUGUGCCACGGUGGUGGCUAACCCCGUGGACGUUGUGAAGACCCGAUACAUAAAUGCCCCUCCUGGCCGUUACGGCAGCACCCUGGACUGCAUGCUGAAGACUCUGCGGCUGGAAGGGCCCACGGCCUUUUACAAGGGAUUCACUCCCUCCUUUCUUCGUUUGGGAUCCUGGAACGUAAUGAUGUUUGUGACAUAUGAGCAGUUGAAACGGGCCCUGAUGAAACUCCAAAUGUCCUGGGAAUCUUCAUUUUAACCAAAAAGGGAAAAUUACUGGAAUAUGGAAAUCAUAACAUGGAAACACGCACAUGACAUAUACACACACUCACAGAUAGACAUAAAUAUUUAUGUUUGCUUACUGCCAAACCUUAAGAAAUAACCUUUUACAGACUGAAAAAUGGAAGAAGAAAAGAUAGACAAGAAGGAAGUUUCCAGCCUUGUAUACUCUGUCUUAGGAACAGCUUGUCAUGCAUUGACAAGACAAAAUCAUAAAUUAUAUUAAUUUCUGAAAUAUACUAAGGUUGAUGCCUAAUAUUUAGGCAAGAAAAGAUAAAUUCAAACAGAACCAUUUGGGAAAAUCAGAUGGAAUGGUGGAUGUAUUCUGGACAUUGGUUUAGAAAAUUAAUUGAAAGCAGUUCAAGAGACAUUAAGCAAAGGAAGAAAUAAAUAGGUGUUUAAGUUUCUCCUCACUGGAGAAUCUAGAGUGUAGCUGGCAAUUUAUCAAAAUCACAGAUUCUCAGUGCUGGAAGAAAUGUCAUGUCGCAUCUAAUCUAACAUGUAACUGAAUGUUAAUCUUCUCAAUAAAGUCCUGGACAAGUUGCA